AUGUCCUCAAAACAGCGAGCAAGCAGUGUGCCUUCGCAGGCUGGCCUAAUGCGGAUGCGAGGAGAUCUUCGGGGCACAUCUGCACGAUUCCGCGUACAGCUGGACAAGCCAAGCCCAGCUACCAUUUACGCAGACCCUAUCUCUCGAAUAGGCAUGGAGGUCAAGCGACAUGAUUCCAAAACUAGGUUGGUAGUUCACGAUGUGGACGAGAAUCCCAGACAAAGGACUCCUGUCGCGCAGUGGAACACUGCCGAAGAUCGGCAGGCAGAUCGAGGUGAUGAGGAGCAGCAUGCCAGCUUGGCCAUCAAGCCAGGUGAUCGCAUUAAGGCCGUCAACGAUCUGAACUCAGCGACGCUGAUGAUAAGCGAGCUGCAGGAAGCAGCGAAGCCGGACGAGCCGAAACCGGUGAAUCUGGAGGUUUCGCGUGACAUCUCCAAUGUGCUGGCGCCAUCGCCGCCGAAGGCGAAGACUUCUGCUGCUAGCGCUGGUCCCAGUGGACAAAGUGUCCUGGGUCUCGCUUUCCUGAGGCCACUUCAGGUUUCAAACCGCAGGCUGGCAACACCUCGCUAUGCAGAGCGCAGACCAGAAAGCAUUGAUGUGCGGAGUUUGCUGCAGCAAGCGGGACUGAUUCUGCCAGAGCCAACUGAAACGCUUGUAUCAGAGGAAGAAUCUCUGGAGGUCGAAACGCCAAUCGGCCUUUUACAGCAAGGCAUCUCUCAACGUCUUAACCGGACAAUUGAAGAAAUCGAAGAGAAUCUGAUACGGCCGAACAGAGAAACUGUAGUUGCAGAAGAUGAGGAGAUCGAGAUUGAAACCCCCCUUUCAAAAUUGGAUGCACCAUUACAAUGGCUGAAGAGGAACUUCGACAUCUCACCACAGAGGGAAAAGUUCAUCUCGGAGAAGAAGGCAGUCAAGAUCGAGACGCCUUUGUCUGCACUCUUUCCUGGGAUUUUGGACGAAGCUUUUGAGAGCACCGAGUCUUGGACAGACCUUCUACUUCCACUGCUGGAUGCAGUCAUCAUAGACUCCAUGGACGAAGCCAACUAUGUCACGGUGACCGUCGAGAAGCCGCUGGGAGUUCAAAUCGAAGAGAACCCCAAGGAGUCGGGAGGCGGUGUUGCGGUGAAGAACAUCAUGCCGGAUUCAAAUGCUGAACGUUGUCAAAUGAUCCAGCCUGGGUACCAGCUGGUGGCCGCCUCGGGCAUUCCUGUGCACGGACUUCACCUCGAGGAUGCCGCUAGACCGAUCGAAGCUGCAAAGGGGCGUGUUCAACUUACCUUCUUCAAAGGCAGCGCUGACACCUUCAACGGCUUGCUGGGACCUGAUCCGGAGUGGCUGUCAGCCUUUUUGAGAAGGCUGCAGGUCGAGCACUUCGCAUGGUCUGCAAAGGAGGGUACUGCCCCAAAGAAGACUUGGAGCUGGGCACUUGAGCUCCUAAAGGAGUUGAAGAGCAGUGGCCAGGUAGACAGCCAGACCCUCGCCAGCGCCUACGGUGCAGCGAUGGAGGCUUGCCAAAGGGCCUCACGCUGGGAGCCAGCGCUGGAGCUCCUGGAAAAGAUCCGCAGGCUGGGCCCGGUCAGCCCAGCAGACUACCGUUCAGCCAUCCUCGCCUGCGAGCGCGGCGGAGGGCCGCUACAGGCCUUGUGUAUCUUUGAGGAGAUGCUGGAGAACGGACUGGAGCCAGAUCCUGCUGCCUACAAUAGUGCAGUUGGUGCAUGCAGAGCCAUCCUCCGGACCCUGCAGGGCCAGGCAUCACUCUUGUCCCCAGCCAGAGGUGACAGGGGCCGGAGCGUCACCGAAAGUGGCUGGCGAGCAUCCUCCAGAAGCAAGGAGCGGCUCUCAUCUGGACAGCUCCCAGGAAUGCCACUUCCGUGGGAUGCAGGAGUGGACGCCCAGUUCAGGCACUCCAGCCCUCUCUGUGUUGCCCUUGCCAUCGAAUGUGCUUUGCCGAAGGAGCAGCAGGAACUCGUCACCAGGACCGUCUCUGGCUGCCAAGAGGCUGUUGGGGGAUGCGGAUGCGGACAAGAGAAGUGCAACUGCUUGUGUUGA